GCUCCGCGCGGACCGAGUCCCCCCAGUUUAUCGAUAAGGCAAUUUGCCCGAUGGGACGCGCUCUGAAUCGGGUGAACUCACGCGGACUCCCAAGAAAAAAAAGGGGAAAGACGACAAGAGAGGAUAUACAGAGAAAUAACACCGCAGCCGGAAUUGGAGAAAAAAAUCGGAUCCCACCCCUCACUUGACAACGCGACAACACCAAGCUCGUGAGAUACGGUGUUUUGAAAGACAGCAUUUCAGCCGGUUUGUGUAAACCUUAACGGCCACUGAUCUUGGGGGAUUUCGAUGAGUGUGGCCGCCCAUGGCUUGCGUCCAUGAGCAGUGUGCCCCCUCCCCCACCCUUUCAGGAUUCAGCACCCCGAUAUCUGAGACCCCGUACCGCCGGCCAGAUUCUGACGUACCUGCCUGCACUCCUGAUACUGAACUCACCCCCACACAAUGUGUUCUCCGCAACGUACUGUCAAUCGAUCCUGUCGGGGAUGGGAGCACCACUCACACACGAGGAAACAGCCCCACUCCUAGUGAUGAGCCUGCCCAAUUCUCCAAUAGUGUGCUGAAGCUGCAGGAGGGUGGAGCAGAGGGAGGAGCUGUCCGCAGCCAAUCGGAAAGCUUUAGGCUUCAGGCAGGAGGAGGAGGUUUUCUAGAGGGACUGUUUGGCUGCUUAAAGCCAGUCUGGACCAUGAUUGGCAAAGCCUAUUCUACAGAAAACAAACAGAGCCAGGAGGAAUCCUGGGAAGUGCCGUUUGAGGAGAUAUCAGAGCUCCAGUGGGUGGGGAGUGGGGCACAGGGAGCCGUGUUCCUAGGCAAGUUCCACGGUGAAGAGGUGGCCGUGAAGAAAGUGAGAGACAUAAAGGAAACAGAGAUUAAGCACCUUCGUAAACUCAAGCACCCAAACAUCAUCACAUUCAAGGGGGUGUGCACACAAGCUCCAUGCUAUUGCAUUAUUAUGGAGUACUGUGCACAAGGGCAGCUGUAUGAAGUUUUGAGAGCAGGGCGUAAGAUCACGCCCUCGCUACUUGUUGACUGGGCCAUGGGUAUUGCAGGUGGCAUGAACUACCUCCACCUGCACAAGAUCAUUCACCGAGACCUCAAAUCACCCAACAUGCUGAUCACCCAUGAUGACCUGGUGAAGAUCUCAGAUUUUGGCACGUCGAAGGAGUUACGGGAUAAGAGCACCAAAAUGUCAUUCGCUGGCACUGUAGCCUGGAUGGCCCCCGAGGUCAUACGGAAUGAGCCUGUUUCAGAGAAAGUGGACAUCUGGUCAUUUGGAGUGGUUCUCUGGGAGAUGCUCACAGGUGAGAUCCCCUACAAAGAUGUGGACUCGUCGGCCAUUAUUUGGGGUGUGGGUAACAACAGUCUGCAGCUGCCCCUCCCCGAAAGUUGCCCUGAUGGCUUCAAGAUUCUUCUCAAACAAUGCUGGAACUGUAAGCCCAGAAAUAGGCCUUCAUUCAGACAGAUUCUGCUGCACCUGGACAUCGCCUCAGCCGAUGUACUAUCCACCCCACAGGAGACCUACUUCAAAUCACAGGCUGAGUGGCGUGAGGAGGUAAAGCAGCACUUUGAGAAGAUCAAAUCUGAAGGAACAUGUCUGCACCGACUGGACGAGGAGCUUAUUAACCGUCGACGUGAAGAACUCAGGCAUGCUCUGGAUAUCAGAGAACAUUAUGAGAGGAAGCUGGAAAGAGCCAACAAUCUUUACAUGGAGCUGAACGCUGUCAUGCUACAACUAGAACUCAAAGAGAAAGAACUACUCAGGAGGGAACAGUGUCUGGAUAAGAAAUAUCCUGGCCUGUUCAAACAUCAUCCCUCAAACACAGUGGACAAACUCAUUAAAAAAAGGAACGUACCCCAAAAGCUGCCUUCUCAUGGCAAGAGACCUGACCUCCUAAGGUCAGAGGUCAUUCUCCCUAAAAUGGACCCUGGUGUGCUGCAGGUGACCGUCCCUUCUUGUCCUAACCGGAAUUCCACCUCACCGAGCCGUGCCCGCAGGGUUAAGACUCGCCAUCGCAGGGGUGGCCGAGGCAGCAGUGGUGACCUCUCUGGACCCAAACACUCCACUGGAGCCUCUAGUAGAGAGAGAGAGACACCUACAUCUGGCUCUGCAGUCCCUAGUGGGACUCCUACCCCUGACCCAGGAGCAGGUGCUGCUUCAAGGGGAGGCCAGCUGGACACCCCCCCUCUAAAACUCUCCUCCUCCAGUCCAGAUCUGCUCUGCUCCACCCAUGGUGCUGAGGCUGGUGCCAGUGGUGGCACUAGCAAUCUAAACACAUGUGAGGGGCUUGGAGGUGGAGCCAUAGGCACCUCUGAACCCGGGGCAGGAGUAGAUGAGACUCCACCACGAAGCGAUACAGCUAGUGAGGAUGCGGCCUCGCUUCCUUUCUCUAGCAGCCCUGAUUCGCCCUGCUGUGGGAGGGGUGUUGCUGUGGGGAGGGGACACACUCUGGGUGAGGAGAGAGAGGAAGGAGGCGGGGCAGUGCGAUUACCAAGGGGAGCUAGUGGCAGUCAUCUAACGCCAUCAGCUAUACUAUACAGAGCAGCUAUUACACGCAAACAGCGCCGGGGUGUGUCUUCAGAGGAAGAGGAGGGAGAGGUAGACAGUGAAGUGGAAUUACCAAGGAGACGACGGCCCACCAGUAUAACCAAGUGCCAGUCAGUGUCCACCUUCAGCUCAGAGAACCUGUCAGUCUCAGAUGGGGAAGAGGGCCAUACCACCGACCACUCUCACAGUGGUACGCCAGACGUGGUCAGCACUAAUACUGAUGAGCGACUUGAUGAUCGCAGCGAUGACCUUAUCUCACAGGGGUCUGAGAUCCCUGCUGACAUGACAGACCCUGCCAUGUCUGAGAAAGAAGCUGCCACACUUGAACAGGAGAGGGCAAACUUUGACCUGGAACAAAAUAUAUUGGAGACUCGAGCAUUGUGUGAGGAUUCAGAUUGUGACAGCGCUGAGCUCGACCAAUCAGGAAGCGGAGAACCAAGUCGCCCCCCGAGUGCAGGAGGCUGGGGUCAGGGUCCUCAGAACUAA